GUGAAAGUGUCGAGCACUUAGCUGGAAUGCAAUGACAGGUCUAGACCUGAACUUCCGCAUUAAGCAGGAAGAAGUCAACAGUCAGAGAGCCAGAUGCACUCCACAUCAACACACCCUAAUCUGCCUGCAUAUGACUGUUAUGUUGUUCUGGCGUUGAGCUUCAACAGAGAGUAAAAAAAAAAAAUUAAAAAAAAAGAAACCUUGAGGAGGAACUGAUGUCCAUGAAGCUGUUACCUUGAAAACGAACUGGUGAAAUAAGGAUUAACACAUUUUGAAAAGAUGGACGACAUUGACGCCAUGUUCAGUGACCUGUUGGGGGAGAUGGACCUCCUCACUCAGAGUCUUGGACAGGAAACAGUACCCCCCGCGCCUCUCCCCACCACCAACCAGGAACUCAACUUCUCCAUCGGCUUCACUGACCUGAAUGAGUCCCUGCACGAACUGGAGGACAAUGAUUUGGACGCCCUCAUGGCUGAUUUGGUGGCUGACCUCAGUGCAACGGAAGAGAAACUCGCAGCAGAGAUACAAGGCCUGAAGGCGCCAUCACCUCCUGCCGGAAACCUACCGGCGCCACCCAUGGGCCUGAGCAUCCAACCUGCCUCCUCGAUCAGUUCGCCAUCAUCGCCCGCAGGCAGCAGCAUAAGCGUUAGCACCCCUGCCUCCUCUGCUGCCUCCCCCGUACCACCUCCGCCUCCUCAGUCUGUGAAGCCUACGAAAGAGGAAAUCGAGGCGCAGAUGAAGGCGGACAAAAUCAAACUUGCUCUUGAGAAGCUCAAGGAAGCAAAAGUGAAAAAGCUGGUGGUGAAGGUGCUUAUGAACGACGGCAGCUCCAAGACUCUGAUGGUCGACGAGAGGCAAAAUACCAGGGAAGUUCUGGACAUGAUGUUUGAGAAGACCCACUGUGACUGUAACGUGGACUGGAGUCUGUGUGAGACCAACCCUGAACUGCAACUUGAACGGGCAUUUGAAGACCACGAGAACCUUGUGGAUCCUCUCUCAGCAUGGACGAGGGACAGCGAGAACAAAAUCCUCUUUCAAGAGAGAAAGGAAAAAUAUGCGGUUUUCAAAAACCCACAGAACUUUUAUCUGUGGAAGAAGGACAAGAAAGCUCUCCAAGAGAUCAAAGACAAAGACAAGGAAAUAUUAAUCCAGGAGAACUUCUGCGGCACUUCCAUCAUCGUGCCCGAUCUGGAGGGGGUGCUCCACCUCAAAGAGGACGGCAAGAAGUCGUGGAAGCAGCGUCUCUUCCAGCUGAGGGCCUCGGGAAUUUAUUACGUGCCCAAAGGGAAGACCAAGUCGUCCCGCGACCUUGUCUGCUUUGUGCAGUUCGACAACGUAAACGUCUACUACGGCAAAGACUUUAAGACCAAAUACAAGGCCCCGACCGACUUCUGCUUCGUCCUGAAGCACCCUCAGAUCCAGAAAGAGUCUCAGUACAUCAAAUACAUGUGCUGUGACGACGCUAGGACCAUGAACCUCUGGGUGACUGGCAUAAGGAUUGCAAAGUACGGCGCAUCGCUGUAUGAAAACUUUAAAACGGCGGAGAAGAGGGCAGCCGUUAGCUCCGUGUGGACGAACCGCAGCACUCCAACCAGCUCCAAUCCAUCAACGCCGUCACCCACCAUCAAAGCAAAAUCACCAGGCCAAGCCAACGGUCACGCUCCCAAACCCCAAGCAGGACCUGUUAUACAGGACUUGGGAAAUUUACCACCUCCACCCCCAGCGUUAGCCGACGACCUCCCUCCACCACCUCCCGACCCGGCCUUUCCUCCUCCAACUCCCCCUAUGGCUCCUAAGAGUUCAGCAAAGCCGGCCCCCCCACAGCGACACCUGCCAGCCAACUUUCCUCCACCUCUACCUGCAAUGGACAACCUCCCACCUCCGCCGCCGCCCCCGCCCGUUGACGAGUCCUCAGAGGCUCCACCCGACUUCCUCCCACCCCCUCCUCCGGCCACGGGCUACGGUUCACUGCCACCUCCGCCAGCGAUGGCGAACUCUCUACCCCCACCUCCUCCGUCAGGUGGUUUCGGUGGUUUCGGCGGCCUGGGCGACUCCCUGCCUCCCCCGCCACCAGAUCCGGGGUAUUUACCGCCACCUCCACCGGAGCCAGCGUUCCAAUCAGCCGGGGCGCCUCCGCCACCCCCUCCGCCACCGCCUCCAGCCGCUCCAGCUCCGGGUGCUGCUGCCGCCGGGGGCCCACGUUUAGCUGUGCGGACCACUGGGUCACUGAAGAAGCUUCCUCCUGCCCCGCCAAAGAGGACUACACCACCGAUGCAAGGUGGAGGAGGUGGAGGAGGUGGAGAAGGAGGUGGCGACCUCAUGUCAGAACUGAUGCUAGCCAUGCGGAAGAAGCGCGAUCAAUAGCCUGAGGAGGAGCGACAAACACAAAAACCCAGAACAAACUGUGCACAACUGUGCUGCACAACCAUCAUCUUGGAAAUUAAGCUUGUGGAGAUUUCAAUUAUAGACACAUUUAUCCAUCUAUUAUUAUUUUCUUUUUCUGAAUUGCUCUUUAAAGAAAAAAUUAUCUAUAAGAUACACUGUUUGACAACCCAAAUAUCCACACACUGAUGACUGUCACCAUUCUAAGAAAGCAAUUUUGUGUUGUAAUGGACACGAAGUGUGAUUAAUUUUACAUUUAAAAUCAAGUAAUUUGUAAAAUAAAUGUAAAAUUAAUACAUUAAAGCUGUCAUCAUAUUUCUCAGAGACAUUUUAUGGGGUUGUGUGUGUAUAUAUAUAUAUAUAUAUAUAUGUGUGUGUGUCAACAUGGAGAGUUGUAAAUAGUAUCCAUUACGCUUUUUAAAUGACUGUUACUGAAAUAAAAACUUCUUGAAUAAAUACGUCAAACUCCAGGUGACAUAAGAGAUACGUGAAAUGAA